CUGUCUUGCGUGUGGAGGUCCUUACGGCGUUUCUACCUGUUGGAGCCCACCAUCCUUCCCCACGCUCAUAGUGGAUCUGCUGCCCUCCUCAAAAAACAUGUUUCCGAGGAUUUUUUCUUACGCUUUGCUGCUUUUUGUCCACGCAGCGCCAAUCUCCCGUGGAUUUAACAUAGAUGAACGCUUCCCUGUGAUCAAGGAGGGCAAAACCAAAGGGAGCUUCUUCGGACUCUCCGUGGCCAUGCAUGAACAGACGCAGGGUGCCAGCAAAUACCUGCUACUAGCUGGAGCGCCCAAGGAGAGAGCCUUGUCGCUGAGUAACGUCAAUGAAACAGGUGCUGUCUACUCCUGUCCCAUUACCACAGAAGCCUCCGACUGCUCGAGAAUGGACUUGGUCAGCUCAACAAAUCCAUCCGAGAUGGUGGAGGGCAUGUGGCUGGGUGUGACCGUGGCCAGCCAGAAAGUGCAGUCAAAGGGUCGUGUGAUGGCAUGUGGGCACCGCUACGUCAAGAUCACCAAAAGCGGCACGGAGGAGCAGCGACGAAUGAUAGGAAAAUGCUACGUGAGGAGUAACGAUCUGACGUUUGACCCCCAAGACGACUGGCAGAUUCACAGCUACGAGGUCUGCAACCCGAGUUUUGGCAUGUUGCUUGAGGGCAUGUGCAACAUGGGCAUCUCAGGCGGGAUGACUGAGACCGAUGUGUACGUGGGCUCCCCGGGCAGCUAUGUAUGGCAAGGAAAUGUUCAUGUUAUAUGGAGAGAUCCUGAUCCAGACAAUGCAUGGGACUCCAUUGACAAAGACUUUGGACAGCUGAAAAAGCGAUCUAACAACUAUAUUGGUUACUCUGUUCUUGAAGAGAAGAAGCUGCUGAGCCUCACCGACUUCACAGUGGUGGCGGGGUCCCCCAGGGAGGAGUCAAAGGGCUCGGUGGUGUUCGGGACGAAGACUGACAACAACAUCGAGACAACGCUCAUUAUCCCUGGGGAACAAGUGGGCUCAUACUUCGGAAGCAGCCUGGCUGCCACUGACCUCAACAACGAUAAUUGGAACGACCUGAUAGUGGGGGCCCCCUUUUACUUUGACCGCAUGAAGGACGAGGGAGGAGCUGUCUAUAUCUAUAUGAACGAGAAUGGAUCCUUCCAGAAGACUGCCACCAUAGUGCUGAAGGGGCCUGCAUCGUCUGCAUUUGGCCUCGCAGUGGCCGCCAUUGGUGACAUCAACCAGGAUGGAUUCCAAGACUUUGCAGUUGGAGCUCCGUUCCAUGACACAGGCAAGGUCUUCAUAUGGACGGGGAGUAAAAAGGGAAUCUCAAAGGAGCCUAGUCAGGUGAUUGAGGGAAAGUCAGUGGAUAAUGGCGGGUUCAAGACGUUCGGCUACUCCAUCAGUGGAGGCAUGGACAUGGAUGACAACAGCUACCCAGAUAUCUUAGUUGGCUCUCUUGAUGACCGCAUUGCUCUGCUCAGGACUCGGCCAGUGGUCCACUUAACUAAGAACUUGACUGUGGAGCCCAAUAUUGUGGAUCCUAAUCAGUGCAAAGGAAAUAUACCAUGCAUCACAGCCACUCUCUGCAUGUCUUUCACCCUAAGCAAUGGCAACAAAAACUUCAAGAAAAACAUCACGGUGAAGUACACAAUGGAGGCUGACAUGGAGAGAAGAAGGAGUCCGCGUGUUCGCUUCCAGGAAAACAACGGUGACACGUACACGGGCCUGCUGACCCUGCUGUCCGCUAAAUCCAAGUGUCAAGUUCUCUAUUUGACUGUUAGGGCGCCUGUGAGGGACAAACUGGAGCCGGUGGUCUUCUUCGUCAACAUGUCCUUACAUGAACAAAAACCUAAAUCGAGACGCUCCAUUCAGAACUUGGACUCAUACCCUAUUCUCAGUCAGGAGCAGAAACUCACCCAAAGAAAUGAGAUAAACUUCCAAAAGGAGUGUGGCUCGGACAACAAAUGCACCAGCAACCUGCAGGUCACGGCACAUUUUGCCAACAAUAAGGAAAAAUCGUUCCCAAGACAGGACACAUUCCAAAUAUUUCAGUUCAACAGCAGUAUGAAGAUAAUAAUGCUGAUGAUGGAGGUGACCAACUUUCCUUCUGGAGGGAAGCUGGCUGAGGAUGCUCACCAGGCCAUGCUCAAUGUCACCAUCCCAGACGCUCUGAAAUACUCUGGCGUCAGAUCCCAUGACCACGAUGUUGAAUGUCGUUACGAGGGCACAGUUGUUUGUGAAUUGGGGAAUCCACUUAGAGGCAAAGAAAAGGUGUCACUUGGCUUGAGGUUCGAGACGUCAGGUAUAGAUCUGUACACCCGGCAUAUCGAGUCUCAGCUGCUUCUUUCCACUGUCAGUGAGCAGAAUGACCUGCAUCCGGUGUCUGUUAGCCUCCUGGUUGAGAACACCAUCCUCCCUUCUUUCUCCAUAACAAAUGCGCAACUGCAGACCAGCUAUGACGGGAUAGUGAUGGGCGAGUCAGCCAUGGUGAACAGCAGCGAUGUUGGCAGUCUGCUUGAGUUCACGUUCAAUGUCAACAUGAGGGGACAACCUCUGGGGGACUUGGGGACCCUGGCUGUGGAGUUUGAGUGGCCCUUUGAGGUGUCUAACGGCAAGUGGCUCCUGUACUUGACCCAGAUCAUCGUUAAGGGAGCGUCAGAGACCGAGUGUAGACCAUCUGGAGACGUUGUCAACCCUCUCAACCUCACUUUGUCAGAAAGUGGAUCAAGACGUGUAAAGAGGCAAAUCAUGACCGAUGAUUCCGAUGAUAAGCCGCAGGUCGUGGAGCCGCAGGCGACGCUUUCCGUGCUCACGCCGCGAAAAGAAUCCUACUUGUUGGAAUGCUCAAAGGGCACGGCGAACUGCGUGACCUUUACUUGUCCUCUGUCAAACAUGACCGACUCGGCCACGAUUUAUGUCAGCGCUCGUUUGUGGAACAGCACCAUGCUCGAGGACUAUCCUUAUGCUUUGUGGGUCAAAGUUCGAGGGGAAGCGACGCUGAAACUCAUCACAGACAAACCAACGCUUAAGAUGGACAGCCAGACUGUGACGUUCAUAGUGGACAUCGAGCCAGUAGCAGGGGUGGAGACGCCUUAUGAACUUCCACUGUGGAUCAUCAUCUCUGCUGUGGUAGCGGGAGUUGUACUUCUGGGAAUCAUCAUAAUUAUACUUUGGAAGCUUGGAUUCUUCAAGCGAUCCCUCUACUACCGGAUAAUGCCAAAGCACCGGGGGGUGAAAAUUCGCAAGGCCGAUCGCUAUCAGGCCAAUGAGGGAUUUGAGCCUGAGGAGCCGUGCAGAAAGCAUUGGAUCACCAACUGGACAGAGACGCAGCAUUUCUACUACUGAGGCCUUGACUUGGAACCCUGACUGUUCUGACGCAGGCCAAACAAAGAACAUUGGGCCCAGUAGGGACCACCUGUGGAUUAAAUGCACUGACCUUUUUCCAGACUUAUAUUGAACUGUGUUUCUUUUCUGACAUUGAAUGAAUUGGCGAAUUCUGGACUUUUAUGUUUUUAAUUGAAAGCUUUUUUUGUUGUUGUUAUUCCUCAAUGAUUGUAAAUAUUUUCGCAUCUGGAUCGCUCAUUUCCAGGCUUUAAUAUCCAGCCCAGCUGACCUCGUGUACAGAUAUGACAUGUUUGUUUUCUAUGUUUUAUUCCAAGUUUUCAGGGACUACUACUUGCAUUCUCUUGGUAGGAGAUCGGCUUAAUUCCCCCCCCAGAUGCAGCCCCUCGCUUGAUGACUAUUUAUUAUACAUGUUUGUGUCAACACUGAAUUCAUUAGGCUAAAUUAAUGAAUUAAUCUAAAUAAUCCAUUGCAGACGGCCAAAAAUACGCUCAUUUCAAUGCGUUUUCUUUAUUUUCAUGACUAUUUACAUUGUAGAUUGUCACUGAA